AUGGGCGCGGGGACUCCCCGGUGUCCCCGCACGGGGACGGGGCUCGCCCGCCGCCGCCGCUCUCCCCUCAGCGCGGGGCGGGGGGCGGAGGGGGCGCAGGCCCGCCGGGGCCGGGGCCGGUUCCAGGCGCUGGGGCCGGGCCGGGGAAGGGCCGGGGAGCCCGCGGGGGGCGCGGGGGGUCCCGUCCCGGGGGUGCCGGAGGGGACGCGGGCGGGCCCGGGCGGUCCCGGGGGUCGCGGCCGCCCCUCACUCACCACCGCCGCCGCCGCCGCGCAACGUCAGCGCGGCGAGGCCCGACCCGCCCGGCCCCCCCGGAGCAGCGAUGGGAGCGUCCGUGGGCUGAGCCCCCCCAGGCCCCACGGCGACGCCUGGACAGGACCAGCAUGGAGCCCUGAGAGGAGAGGGCCUGGCGGGAUCCGCUGGGAUCCGCUGGGCUCCAACCCCCCCCCCCCCUCCCCCCCGUGA